ACGUUCCACGUAGUACGUACACACCAUUCUCCAUUUGUGCCACUCUCACUGGCUGAGUCGUGGCCAAUGAAUAGCCUUCCUACAUUCCAAUUUCCAAUUCGAGUCUCCCUCUCUAGUCUCCUCACCUCUCUCAAGUCUCAAAUUGGGUUAGCGAUCAGUCUCGGGGAGCGCCAGGACCCAGGAGGGAUUUGGUGAUGGUGAUGUGGGUGUUCGGAUACGGGUCGCUAAUAUGGAAACCGGGUUUCCAUUACGACGAUUGCCUCGUGGGUUUCAUAAAGGGCUAUCGCCGCGUCUUCUACCAAGGCAGUACCGAUCACAGAGGAACUCCUGAAUUCCCGGGUCGAACGGUCACAUUGGAGCCUGCAGAUGGGGAGGUUUGCUGGGGUAUUGCCUACAAGAUAACUAAAAAGGAAGAUCAAGAAGUAGCGAUAACGUAUCUUGAAGUGAGGGAAAAGCAGUAUGACAAGAAGGCCUAUUUGGAUCUUUUCACUGAUUUAAAAGCUUCAACUCCAGCCGUUUCUGAUGUACUGGUAUAUGUAGCAUCUCCGGACAAGACAAUCAACAAAAAUUACUUGGGGCCUGCAUCAAUUGAAGAAAUUGCCAGUCAAAUCGUUCGUGCUGAAGGGCCUUCUGGACCGAACAGAGAUUACCUUUUUCAACUUGAGAAAGCGCUCGGUCUGAUAGUAGGGUGUGAAGACAAACACGUUACUGACCUCGCUAAGGAGGUGCGACGCAUCAUUGGGGAGACAAUUCCAAUCUGAGUGGCUAGUGGCCCGGCCAGGAAAGACUUUCUUGAGCCUUAUAGU